UGUGCCUUUACCCCGACAGUCUGACUUUCCCGCUGCUGUUAGGAACUGAUAAUAUGUUUUCCGGAGUAAAUGCGACAUGGUCAUCAUUCGCUAAGUCACACACCUUUGAGCUCAUUGCGAUGGACAGCGUCUCUGCAUUUUGCCAUGAUGCCGAACAAUCACGUUGGAUCCAGCUGUGUGUCUGUUUGUGGACAAGAAAAGUGAGAGCUGUAUCGCUACGCAUGUCAUCGCAGGGGUAGCAAUACGUCAUCACAAAGAGAGCAAUACUUCAUCACAAAGCAUGCGUGGCACGUCCAUUUAAGGGGCGAUCAGUUUGAUGAGUGAAAGCAAUGCAAGAAAUAGACUGAUCAUGAGAGUUGGAAGACGAAUGUACAAUGCCAAUCCUAUCUUCUCAUUACUAUAAUUGUGUGUAUACUAUCGUAACAAAAAAAUCAAUGAAAUCAAUAAAUUGUUUGAACAGUG